GGACGGAGGUGGUGUUCCCGCCCAGUGGGAGGAUGCGAAAUCUUCCCAGAUGAGCAUGCCGAUAUGAGCAGCCGUGCAUUGCAUUUGUGCAUGCUAGCUCUGCUUGGCGUUGCAGCUGACGUAUUGACCUUGGAUGGUGGCAACUUCACAGUCGCGCUGCGGGCAAAUCCGAGGCUGCUGCUGCUGUUCUACGCACCGUGGUGCGUGCACAGCCGGAGCUUGGAGCCCGAGUUCGUCAAAGCAGCGGACCUGCUGCCGGACGUGGUUUUGGCCAAGGUCGAUGCCAGCAUGGAGGUGGAAGUUGCAGAGGAGUUUGGAAUCGGCGCAUACCCGGGAGUCUUCCUCGUACAGAAGCACAAGUACGAGGAGUUCUCGGGCCGCCGCACGGCGGUGGCCAUUGCUGAGUGGACGCGGGGCAAAGUGGGACCCGCGCUGGAGGUGGUGUCCAGUGUGGACAAGCUGCAGGCCGCGCUGGUGAAGCGCGGAGUGCUGAGCGCGGUGGUGGCUUCCGGCUCCGACACGCUGCAGAAAGCCAUCGGAAGGGUCGCGGAAAGACACCGCGCGCUGGGCAUCUUCCUCUUCAUGCCCGAUGGCACGGACAGCGUGAAGCUGUACCGCGGCCUGAACGAAGUGCUCACUUUCGAGGUGCAGGCGCAGAAUCCGGAGGACCUGGACGCGGAGCUGCUGGGCUUUGUGCAGAGGGAGCGCCUGCCGCUCUUCGGGGAGAUCUCUGAGGAGAACUUCUACCACUACGAGACCAGCGGUUUGAAUGGCCUGCUGUGGGUGCUCUUUGCAAAUAGCACCGGGCAGCCUUGUCUUGCUGGGCAGUGCUCGACACAGGCUGCGCACCACAGCGCCUCCUUGCGGGAGGUGGCUGAGAGCUUCGGCACCAAGGUUGUUUACACCGAUGCUGCAACGCACAAGGAGUUCCUGGCCGAGGAGCUGGGGGUCCGGCAGUUUCCGGCACUGGUAGUGCAGAAGGGACCUCUGGGCCCGGCCCGCGAGCUGGAGAAGUACGUGCUUCAGCUUGACAACGCCAACGUUAAUGCUGACACCAUCACCGCUUGGUUGGAGAAGGUGCUUCCCCGACCGGCUUCGCCGGAGCGUGAGGGGCUUUGAGCCUGAGACCGAAAGC